GGCUGGAGAGGCGGUAGAGCUUGCAUCAUGGAGUGCGUGGCAAGCGAUCAAAUGGUGGGAGAGGGCGAAAAUGUGUGGAGUUGGCUGCCAGACGAGCUCAAGCUCAAAGUGCUGAUGGAGAUGAUGCCCGAUGGACGUCGCGGUGGUGGUGCCGACGAGCGGUCGAAGCGGCGGCUCGCCUGGUUUGCGAGGGUGAGAGAGGAUCAAACACGAUCAGACUUUCGACGGAAGCAUGCGCUGCCUGCGGUGGCGGCGGAGGGGAUCAUGGGGCGGACGGCGGUGUUCUCGCAGGCGGAGCUGCUGCGGCUUGCAGGCGUCUGCCGCGACAUGCGGCGGAUUGUGUGGGACGGGACGCUGUGGCGGGCGCUGCAUCUAGCGCCGGUGGUUCGGUCGAUGGGGACGGCGCCUGUGCUGGCGGAGCUGCUGCCGCGGAUCGGCGGCGGACUGCGCGAGCUCUCGCUGGCGCGAUGCGCAUCGCUGGGCUUGGCGGCUUCCGCGGUGGCAGCUUGCCCACGGCUGCAAAGUUUGGACUUGACCGGGGUCUUUGUCUCGUCGGCAUCACCUGCCGGGGGCGGAGGCGGCGGGGUUGACCUCGCGGGCCUCCUUGCGCCGCUGGGUGGACUGGAGGUCCUUGUGCUUGACGAGUGCAUGCUUGGAGAGAGCGAUCUACAGGCUAUCGAGAGCUGCGUGCCGAAGCUGCGUGUGCUUUCGCUUCGCGAUGUGCGUGGCGUGAUCCAGUCGCCGUCUGCGGUGUCGCCGCUGGCGCGCGCGCCGCAGGCGCUCGAGGUGCUUGCGCUCGACGGGUGUUGGCGGAUGAGCGAGGCGCUGCUGCUUGAUGUGGUGCGCAAGCACGCGGACAGUCUGCGGUCGCUGUCUGUGGCGCGGUGCUCUGACGCGGUGAGCAAUGCUGCGCUGGUGGCGAUCGGCGAGGCUGUGGGGCGGGAACUGGAGGAGGUGAUCAUCGAUGGGUGCGUCAAAGCGUCGUCAGCCGGAGUGGUGGCGCUGGUGGAGGCGUGCGAGGGGCGGGCACUGAAGACGCUCUCGCUCGGACACUGCGACUUUGUCCGCGACGAGGUGGUUGAGGCGAUCGCGCGGGCUACGCCCAACUUGACGUAUCUUUCACUCGAGGGCUGCCACCGACUCAACGACGAGGCAGUGUGCGCGGCGCUGCGCAGGCUCGACUCUGCGAGCGGGCUCGUCUCGCUCAACCUCGCGCGGUGCCGCAAGCUCACCGACAAUGUCCUCCACACGCUGGCCGACAUCGGGGUCAUGCAUCUGCAGUCGCUCGACAUUUCCGAGUGCGGGUACAUGCGAUCGCGGACGCUGAUCGAGCUGGCGGGCGUGACGCCUGCGAUGCGGCGAGUGCGGCUGCGGCGGGUGAACAAGGUCUUCACCUCGUCGUUCAUGGAGCUGAUUCCGCUAUGGCCCAAACUCGAACUCAUCGACCUGUCCGGUGACUCCAGCCUGCGCAACGAGGCGGUGCUGACCAUGAUUGCGGCGUGCCCUGAGCUGCAGAUUGUUGACCUCUCUGCGUUGCGUAUCACCGACGAGGUGCUGGAAGCGAUAGCAAGCGGGCUGCCGAAGCUUGUGUCGCUCACACUUCGGCGGUGCCGGAUGAUCACCGACGCCGGCGUGGCGGCGCUGGCGGGCGGGUGUCCGGCACUGGCGUACGUUGACCUGUUCCGGGCGACCGAGGUGAGCGAGGCCGGGUUCGAGGCGCUCGCCAGCCGCGGGGUGUACGUCAACGAGUGGGCUGUGCCCAAGGCAGCGGAGGAGCAAGGCAACAACGCGCUCGGCAACGAGGCGUUCUGGGGUGCACGGGAAAUGAUGUCAGCUCACGGUGACGCCCAUUUUCUUCGGGCAAUUGCGCGGCUGGAGGGGAGGUGAGCUCACAUAAAGUCAUCGUCGUUGUCGGA